UUUAACAGAGACAAACAGAUCUGGAAUUUUCCCUUUCAAACACUUCAAACACUUUUCCCCAACAAUACAAGCAGGACCGUGAAUUAGGAAAGCGAGCGUGUGCCGUGAAUCGAACGCUCGAGUAUGGCGCGUAUUUCGUGCCAAAAUCGGCGGACGCGCCAUAAACGAGUGUGUGUGUUUGCGAGCGUUCGGCGUGAGUGAAUGCAGCUGUUGUUUGCGUCUCUGUGCUGAGAGAGAUCAGAGCUUCUGCCCACCCGUCCAAAGAUGACGUACAGACACUAAUGCUGUUGUCAGCAGCUCUGUACUGAACAGUAGAGCGAGAGGAGGAGGAGGAGGAGAGCUGUGGUCAUGGACUCUGGAUUAUGGACUCUGGAGCUGCUAGGUGUGUUUUUCUCGCUGACCGCCUGCUUGUGUUCGCUGGUCACCCUCAUGAUGCCGCGGUGGCUCACGCUCUCCACCGAGCUCCUGCCCACCGAGAGCUUCCAGCUGGGACUGUGGGAAACCUGCGUGGUUCAGGAUCUCGGGGUGACCGAGUGCCGGCCAUACGACAGUCUGCUGGGUCUCCCGUCGGACAUCCGGCUGGCCCGAAUCCUGAUGUGCGCCACGCUGGGGACGGGUUUAAUCGGUCUGUUAUUCGCCAUCCCCGGCAUCUACCUGGUGAACAGCUGCAGACGCACGGAGAGCUUUGAAGCCAAAAGGACCUUGAAGAUGCUCGGCGGGAUCUUCAGCGUCGUCACGGGCGUCCUCGGUCUCGUGCCAGUUUCGUACGUGGCGCAUCUGACGGUCCUGCGGUUCUUCGACGAGAGCGUGCCAAGCGUGGUUCCUCGCUGGGAGUUCGGAGAUGCGCUUUUCUUCGGCUGGACGGCGGGGGGGUUGCAUUUGGCGGCUGGUUUCUUGUUGGUCACUUCGUGCUUGUUUUUGCAAGACGAAACAUUUUCGCUUCACCAAUCUAUAGUGCUAAACAGAGCUCGUCCAGAGCAAUCUCCACGCAGGAGGACAGAAUAUGUGUGAGAUUAUUGAUAAACACAGUUUUGCUUCUACUAAUGUUUUGCGUUUUGCACUGAAAUUAUCAGAUAUAUUCAAAGACUGUAAAUAUAAUGCUGCUGUUUAGACUUCAUUUUGAUUACAAAUCAAUUUUGUGAAUCAUUUUAUAAGCUCAAACCAAAUCUGCACGUGAAUGUGAUUCUAAUGAAAACACACACUUCAGUUUACUAAUUGUGAAAAUUAUGCACUUUCCGAGAAAGUGCAACUUUUAUGACUACGAGGUCAUUUAUGAGAGACAAUUUUAUGCUAAUUAUCCAAAUGUUACUGGAAAACCAGAUGCAAGUGUGUUUUUAUAUUUAAACAGAGAGUGAUUGAAUGAGAGAAAGAUGUUAUUAUUUUACCUUGCGUUCUCUGAAAUGUCCAAAAGUUGUACCAAAGUUGAUGAUCAGUCAAUAAAUC